AUGUCUUAUCUCCUUAGGCAAUUGAGGCCCCGUUUCCCAUACGGAUCUGGCGUGCGAUACCUUGCCACUAAAGGGGCGGCCCCGGGUCAAUCGUCCAACGUCACAAAUCCGCGCUCGAGCAACCCAGAAUCGCAGGCUAUUAACAUGUCGCGAGGCAAGGAGUCGCGUCAUGAUGAUACGCCAGACACGAAGUCCGUUCAGUCUCCAAUCUCAAGCCAACGCGGUCCCGCGAGCGAAAAGCACGAAGGCGAGGAACCGUCCACCACGACAGAAUACGUGUACAAUGACCCAGCCAAAUCAGCUCGGGAGAAGAGGGAGAAUGUGGAACAGGCGGGGAAGACAGCGUUGGGGCCCGAGGAUAAGAAAUAG